ACUAGACCCGCGCCCCGCGCUCUCCGGCCCGCCGCCUGCGUUCUGGCUCGCAAGCCCGCACUCCCGCCCUGCCCGUGCGCUGCCCGAGUAUGGAGCUCCUGUGCUGCGAGGGCACCCGGCACGCGCCCCGGGCCGGGCCGGACCCGCGGCUGCUGGGGGACCAGCGUGUCCUGCAGAGCUUGCUCCGCCUGGAAGAGCGCUACGUGCCCCGCGCCUCUUACUUCCAGUGUGUGCAGAGGGAGAUCAAGCCGCACAUGCGGAAGAUGCUGGCGUACUGGAUGCUGGAGGUGUGUGAGGAGCAGCGCUGUGAGGAGGAAGUCUUCCCCCUGGCCAUGAACUACCUGGAUCGCUACCUGUCCUGCGUCCCCACCCGCAAGGCGCAGUUGCAGCUCCUGGGUGCGGUCUGCAUGCUGCUGGCCUCCAAGCUGCGCGAGACUACGCCCCUGACCAUCGAAAAACUGUGCAUCUACACCGACCACUCUGUCUCUCCCCGCCAGCUGCGGGAGAAACAGCUCCUUCCUAAUUCUCCGUUCGCUAGCCUCACUCUGGGAAACUUGAGCAGCUGCUUCAGGCCUGUGGAAUCAUCUCUUCUUUUCCUCUUUAGCCAAAGGCCAGAGCUGAGGCACAGACUGGGGCUGAGCUGCAGCUGCUUCCGAUGUGAUAAUGAUGCCCUGUCCCCUGGCCCACCCACUCUGACCAAGGACUGGGAGGUGCUGGUCCUGGGGAAGCUCAAGUGGGACCUGGCCGCCGUGAUUGCCCAUGAUUUCCUGGCCCUGAUUCUGCACCGGCUCUCUCUGCCCCGUGACCGACAGGCCUUGGUCAAGAAGCACGCCCAGACUUUUUUGGCCCUCUGUGCUACAGAUUACACCUUUGCCAUGUACCCGCCAUCCAUGAUUGCCACGGGAAGCAUUGGAGCUGCAGUGCAAGGCCUGGGUGCCUGCUCCACAUCUGGGGAUGAGCUCACAGAGCUGCUGGCAGGGAUCACAGGCACUGAAGUGGACUGCCUGCGGGCCUGUCAGGAGCAGAUUGAAGCUGCCCUCAGGGAGAGCCUCAGGGAAGCCGCCCAGACCUCCCCCAGCCCAGCGCCCAAAGCCCCCAGGGGCUCCAGCAGCCAGGGGCCCAGCCAGACCAGCACUCCCACAGAUGUCACAGCCAUCCACCUGUAGCCCUGGUGAGGCCCCCUCGAGUGGCCACCAACAGCAGAGGAGGGGACACUGCCACCCCCCUCCCUGCCUGCAGGAACGAACCAUGCCACAGCUGAAGCCCGAGGGGGCUCCUUCCUACUUGCCUGUCGCAAGCCGAAGGGGUCGGGUCCUACCUAUCCCUGCAGUGUGCACUAAGGGGCCUGGCCAGCUGCGGCUGGUGGCCAGUCAGGCUCCUCCUUCUCCCUGCAUCUGACCAGCUCAGCUCCAUCCCGGUCCUAGCUGGGGGUGGGCCAGGCUGGCCAGAGAUGAAAUUGAAGUAUGUAAAAUACAUGUACCAGCAUUCCUUUUGGGGGCCCCCUUAUCUCUGGGGCUCUCGUGUUCUCAACUGCCAAAGUUGAACCCGGGCCCUCGGCAGUGAAAGCACGGAGUCCUAACCACUGGACUGCCAGGGAAUUCCCUAGUUACUGCAUUUGGAUUGGGGUCUUUCUGAAGAACCCUCACAUGUUCUAGACACAUGUGAGAAGAAAGAGUGGACAUCUCCUCUCAAUGCACUUGGAGGCCCCUGCAUAAUCCAUGCUCUCAGCUGCUCCUAGAGGGAGGGGCCCUGGCCUCUGUCCGAGGGGCAGGAACCAACCUCCUCGCUUUGCUUUCCGCUCAGCUUCUCCUGUGUGAUUGGGGGGUGGAGGGGCAGUGCUGAAGGAAGAGGUUGUCUUAAUUUAUUAAUUGCUUUGAGUACAGCUGUAAGAGGGUGUGGUGGGGCCCAUCUACCCUGAGUGGUGGUGACCCUGGUGGUUGCUGCAUUCCUCCCCUCUCCUACCACUAGAGGAUCUUCAUGGCCGUGGCCGAGGAGCUGCUACAGCCUGGGGUGGGGCCACGCCCUCCUCUCCCUCUGGCCCUCUGCUCCAUUCUGCAAGGCUGGGGGAUGAAGCAGGGAUGACCUGGAGGUGACCAAGGCCCCUGUCUGGAGAGGGAGGCAAGCCCUGUUGACACAGGUCUUUCCCGAGGCCACAAGGUCCAGGCUGGUGGCCCAGGACCAUCAUGCUACCUUAAUAAAGAUUCUGAAAUAAAA